UACCUGCCUCGGUUACAUGUUUUUUUUCGCCUUUGUUUCAUAUAUAUAUAUAUAUAAAUAUACAACAUGGCUGGAUUAUAGAAUGGCCACCGCUGCGAAUAGGACAUAUGCAAGGCGAGUUUAGUCCUGAUUAAGAACAUCCCAACAAUACAGAUGGAGUUGUUUUAGGGUUAGACGAGUCCCACGUUACGUUGUUUUAAAGAUGCAUAGUCUCACUAAAGUAACGCUGGUUUUAAAUGGAAUUGGGCGGCGGUGUGUUGCUAUGAAUCGUUUUUCAGGAGCAAGAAUCAUUUGCAGGGGACUCGCGUGUGCAGCAGAAGAUGGGGAACAUGAAAUGAGCUUUAUGAUGUCAUUAUAUCUGGAGGAGGAAUGGUUGGGACCGCUAUGGCAUGGUCUUUAGGCACGGAUCCAAGCUUGGAGGGGAAGAAGAUUCUGCUGCUUGAGGCAGGCAACAAAAAGGUGAUGGACAAGGUCCCAGACGCCUAUAGUACCAGAGUCCGCUCCAUCAGCCCAGGUGUUGGAGCAUGGAAUCACAUUAUGAACAUGAGAUGUAAGCCCUGUCAGAAGAUGCAGGUUUGGGAUGCCUGCUCAGAUGCCCUGAUUACAUUCGAUAAGGAGAACCUGCAGGACGAAAUGGCAUACAUUGUGGAGAACGACAUCAUUGUGGCAGCCCUAACAAAACAGCUGGAGAAUCUGUCUGAUCAGGUGAAGGUCCAGUACAAAACCAAAGUGGUAAUGUACACUUGGCCCAAGUCUCACCAGGUAGCUGAAUCCAUCCCCUGGGUUCAGGUCACCCUGGCCAAUGGACAGACAUUUCAAAGCAAAUUACUGAUUGGAGCAGAUGGACCAAAUUUGAUGGUGAGGCAGGAGGCGGAGAUACCUACGGUUAAGUGGAAUUACGACCAAUCAGCUGUUGUGGCUGUCCUGCAUCUGUGAGAUGUACAUCUUACAACCUGUCAAUUUCACCAACACACCAUGUAUUACCAUAUAAUAACACCUAGAGGGAUACUCUAUUAUUUUCAUGUUUUACAGUAUUUAUCAAAUGUAUUUAUAAAGCCCUUCUUACAUCAGCUGAUAUCUCUGUACAGAAACCCAGCCUAAAACCCCAAACAGCAAGUAUUGCAGGUGUAGAAGCACAAUGGCUAGGAAAAAUACAGCAGAGAGAGAAAUGGAUAUCUGAUAUAUCCAUAUGUGAUAUGAAAAUAACAUUUAUGAAUGGAAAUGCUCUUGUUAAAAAACCAACAUAUGCACACUGUAAGUGCACCAAUGAACCAGUUAGCCAAUACCAAUGGGUGCACUUGUCACUGUUCUCUAUCUACACUACAUCAUACGUGUAGACAAUGCCAACGUUGCCGGCCUAAAGUUGCUUUCCCAAGCCGGCUAUUUUUACUGGUCCUGCCAAUAGGGUCACCACGGUUCAGUCAUGCUUGCUUUCAGGCCUGGUUCGCUAAUUAAACCUGUGGUCUGCCAGUGUUGGUCAUUACUGCAUGGAAUGGUUUUCAAACUUAGCUAAUUCAACAGCAUGGCCUGACCAGCUUCUUCUUUUAAUUAGCAAGGCUCCUGUAAUGCCGCCAAACCAUUUUGUUAGAAAGGAAAAGUACACCCACUCUGCAUUUCUGCUCUAGUUUGCAUCUUUGUUAACUUCUUCUCUCUAAUUGUCUACCACACCCCUCUCUAUCUUUUCUGUACCGCCCCCUUCUCUGUCGGUCUAUUCCUCUACCCUCUGUUUACUGCCUCUCUUUCUCUGUCUCUUCCUUUCUGGCUUGAUCUCUUCCUCUGUCUCUCUCUUCCUCUCUCCCUUUGUGUCUCUCUCUGUCUCCCUCUAUCUGUGUCGUCUCUGUCUGCCAGUGGCGUGGCAAGAAUCGGCCCAAAAAGCCGGGUCAUGUUCCUCCUGGGCAUGGGCCACGCAUCAGAGUACAUCAGGCACUGGGUGGCCCUCAUCGGGGGCCAUGCAGCAUCUGGAAUAUGAGGCGGAACGGCAGCGACACAACCUGCCCAUGAUGGCCGCCAUCGACAUGAUGAAACGACUCUACUCAACUAACGCUGCCCAUGUGGUUCUCUUACACACCUUCGGUCUGCAAGCCACCAACACACUACCAGCCAUAAAAGAGCAGAACAUGGCGUUUGCAAGCGAGUGACACGUACACUGGUCCUGAAGUGGCAGUUUGACGGGACUCCAAAGAUGAUAUGCCACUGUGACUUUGUGAAUGGAAUGUAAAGUGUAAAUUAAUAAAGUUGUAUAUUAUGCUCUGUUAUUACAUGAACAUCGCUAUACCUGCAUGUCUUUCUUUGUGUGUUGAUGAUUUUGGAAACUUCCAAGCAUCAUUCUGUAUCACAGUUUCACAAUCUGUUGGAAUUUUUAUGACAGAAAAUUUGUUUCAGAAAACAUGUAUUUAAAAUGUUUUGCAAAUGUAUUGAGAAUGAAAUGCAUAAAUAUAUAAUUUACUUAAGUA